UUCUUUUUUUUUUUUUUUUUUCUUUUCUUUCUUUUUGCUCUCCCUUUUUAGAGUUUUAUACUGGUCUACGUGGGCGUCAAUUUUCAUGACCUCCCCUGUACGAAUGUACAUGACAGCUUCCGAAUGACCAAGACUCUCGUUAUAGUCAAUUCGACGGGGCGCCAGGGCGCGAGCCUUGCGCGGGUCGCUUCCGCCGUCGGAUUCAAUGUUCGUGCACAGGUCCGGUCUCUUGAAGGACUCGUCGCCCAGGAGCUUUCCAUGCUCCCCAACGUAAAGCUGCAUGUUGGAGAGUUGGACGACAGAGCAUUCAUUCACGACUUGUUUGCUGGGGCACACAUUGCCUUUGUCAAUACUGUUUCGUGGGGAGACCAGGUCAGCAUCGGAAGGUCUCUUGCCGACGCCGCACUGCGUGCCAAGAUCCAGCAUUACAUCUACAGCUCCAUGCCCGAUCACUCAAUAUACGGGCGAGGUUGGCCGGGGCUGCCCUGGUGGGCCGGAAAAUUUACAGUCGAGAACUAUGUGCGCCAAAUCGGAAUCCCCUCGACGUUCGUCUACGCCGGAAUAUAUAACAACAAUUUUACGAGUCUGCCAUAUCCGUUAUUUUGUUUGGAACUACAAUCCGAUGGUAGCUUUGUGUGGCAGGCGCCUUUUCACCCGGACAUUCCUCUUCCCUGGCUCGACGCAGAGCACGACGUCGGACCCGCGUUGCUACAGAUCUUCAAGGAUGGGCCUCGGAAAUGGGCUGGUCACAGGAUUGCUCUCGCUUUUGAAAUGCUAACUCCACGAGAGGUUUGCAAAGCCUUUGCGCGUGGCAUCGGACGAAAGGUCCGUUACAUCUGUGGACCGACGCAAGUCACCGUCCAAAUACCUGCGGGUUACCGAGAACAGCUCCAGGGUAUCGACCUUCUUUUCGGCAAGCACAAAGCGCCAUAUUUUGGACCCGAGCUCAACGCACCUGACGAGGCCCUGAGCAUUUGGGAAGGGUAUCGGGGUAUCGAGGAAUACGCCCGAGAAGUGUUCCCUUUGGAGGAACAGGCGAAUGGACAAACCUGGAUGUUGGAAGAUAAUGACGGGAAAUGGACUGGGUGCUAAGCCCUUUGCACUGCGGUGUGUCUUUUCGCUGAAAUCUUUGCAUCUCUCCGCUUCGACCUCGUCGUCUCAACCACGUCUUUUGCCGUUUUACUGGCUGUGCAUCAGCCAUGCGAGUUUUCCAACACUCAUCGCCAUUCUUUUGUAUUCGCUUGUCAUGAUCAACAUUGGGCGGCGUCGAGUUUCAUUUACUUCACGACAUCUUGCAUCAUUUUCUUGCAUUUGUGCGUGGACUGGAUCAGGUAUGGGAUAAGUUUUUAAAAUAUUUUACCCGCUGCAUCGCACACAUAUCCUUUGUAUGGCACGAUACAACGGCUGGGGUUUUUGCAUUUUUACCGGCGCUGGACCGCAUUUUCAUCUAUAUCAUUGAAAAGGGAGAAACAAAAGUUAAUGUUUUUUCUUCACCGCAUACCUUUUUAUCUUAGGGCUGAAAAACGAUCAAUACAUUGCAAGAGAAUAAAAAAUAAUUCAGUCACUGUAUAAAUGGAUCAGAGC